GGAUCCCUUCCCAAGAUUAUCCUUUUUGAAAGCAAUUUUAUAUGUUGGACUCUUUACUCAUUUGCUUUCUUUCUGAAAGCUUCCACGUUGGCAGGAGGUUUGCGUCCUUAGGUGAAUGUCCUGGCACUGCGACUGCGAGCGAAGCUGUCGGUCUUGGGAGGGGAUAAAGCUGCGUGUAAAUGAGAAGAGAGGAGUGUACCGGAGUGCUAUGGAGGGCAGCAACUUUGUUGCUGUGACUUUUACAAGCCUUCAAGGAAGUUCCAUGGAGUUGGACUAAAAUAAAGUUUUGGGAUGUCUCUAUUUGGAUUAAAAUUUGGAAAGAAGAAAUUGAAAGAGGAAGAGAGACAACUUCAAGCAAACAACCGGGAUUUUAAUCUGCAGUUUGAAUAUGCUAACAAUUCAAUUAAAACAUCGAAAUACAAUUUCUUCACUUUCCUGCCUCUCAACCUGUUUGAGCAGUUUCAGCGAAUAGCCAAUGCUUACUUCCUUUUCUUGCUGAUUUUGCAGCUGAUACCUCAGAUUUCCUCACUGGCCUGGUUUACAACAGUGGUGCCCCUGGUGCUUGUGCUGGCUGUAUCAGGAGUCAAGGAUGCCAUUGAUGAUUUUAAUCGACACAAAAGCGACAAACACGUCAACAACCGCCCAGUCCAGGUCCUGAUCAAUGGCAUGUUAAAGGAACAAAAAUGGAUGAAUGUCCAAGUGGGGGAUAUAAUAAAACUAGAAAACAACAACUUUGUGACAGCUGAUCUCCUUUUGCUGUCGAGCAGUGAGCCACACAGCCUGACGUACAUCGAGACAGCUGAGCUGGAUGGUGAAACAAACCUGAAGGUGAAGCAGGCACUAACAGUCACUGCAGAGCUUGGAGAAGAUCUUCAGAAGCUGACGGACUUCAAUGUGACACUUCCCAGACAUCACACAGACCUGAGGAAUAACUGUGCACACAGGACAGGAGAAGUCAGAUGUGAGGCACCAAACAACAAACUGGAUAAAUUCACAGGAACUCUUACUCUUCGGGGAGAGAAAUAUGCCCUGGACAAUGAGAAGAUGUUGCUGAGGGGCUGUACUAUCAGGAACACAGAGUGGUGCUUUGGGCUCGUUAUUUAUGCUGGGCCAGACACAAAACUCAUGCAGAACAGCGGAAAAACAACUUUUAAGCGAACAAGCAUUGAUCGGCUCAUGAAUGUCCUUGUGUUGGUGAUCUUUGCAUUUUUAGCACUGAUGUGUCUCAUCCUAGCCAUUGGCAAUGGUAUCUGGGAGCAUGAUAAGGGCUACUACUUCCAGGUCUAUCUGCCCUGGGCAGAGGGCGUCAACUCUGCCUCCUACUCCGGCUUCCUCAUGUUCUGGUCAUACGUGAUCAUUCUAAACACAGUGGUACCUAUUUCACUCUAUGUCAGUGUGGAGAUUAUACGCUUGGGUAACAGUUUCUACAUCAACUGGGACCGUAAAAUGUAUUACCCGCUGAAUGACACGCCAGCUCAGGCUCGAACCACUACACUCAACGAAGAGCUGGGGCAGAUCAAGUACAUCUUCUCAGACAAAACAGGAACUCUCACCCAGAACAUCAUGUGUUUCAUCAAGUGCUCUAUCAAUGGCAAAUCCUAUGGUGAUGUGUAUGAUAUGUCUGGGCAAAGGAUAGAAAUAAAUGAGAACACCAAGAACGUUGAUUUCUCAUACAACCCAUUAGCCGACCCAAAGUUUGCCUUCUAUGACCACAGCCUGGUUGAAGCCGUGAAGCUGAAUGAUGUCCCGACGCACAGGUUCUUCCGGCUGCUCUCACUUUGCCACACGGUGAUGCCAGAGGAGAAGAAGGAAGGUAACUUGCUGUAUCAAGCACAAUCUCCUGACGAGGGAGCCCUAGUCACUGCUGCCAGAAACUUUGGAUUUGUUUUCCGGGCUCGCACACCAGAGACCAUCACUGUUGUGGAAAUGGGAGAAACAAAAAUCUACAAACUACUGGCUAUUCUUGAUUUCAACAAUGUUCGCAAACGAAUGUCUGUGAUUGUGCGGAGUCCAGAAGGUGACUUGACUUUGUACUGCAAGGGAGCUGAUACCAUUCUUUAUGAACUGCUUCAUCCAUCCUGCAAUUCUCUCAAAGAGGAGACCACAGAACACCUGAAUGAGUUUGCUGGAGAAGGCCUGAGGACACUCGUGGUGGCCUAUAAGAGCCUAGAGGAAGACUACUUUCAGGAUUGGAUCAGGCGUCACCAUGAAGCAAGCACCGCCUUGGAAGGAAGGGAAGACAAACUGUCGGAGUUAUAUGAAGAGAUUGAAAAAGACCUAAUGCUGCUAGGUGCCACAGCCAUAGAGGACAAGCUACAAGAUGGUGUCCCACAGACAAUUGAGACUCUUGCCAAAGCCAACAUCAAGAUAUGGGUUCUCACUGGAGAUAAGCAAGAGACAGCAAUGAAUAUUGGUUACUCAUGCAACUUGCUGAAUGAUGACAUGGAAGAAGUUUUCAUUAUUGAAGGCAGCACAUCUGAUGACGUACUGAACGAGCUGAGGAGUGCAAGAAAAAAGAUGAAGCCAGACUCCUUUCUGGACAGUGAUGAAAUUAAUAUUCAGUUUGAAAAAUCUUCGAAAAAACAAAUAAUUAUACCUGAUGAGCAAGCAAAUGGGGUGUACGGUCUGGUUAUCACUGGCCACAGCCUGGCUUACGCACUGGAAGGUAACCUGGAGCUGGAGCUGGUGAGAACUGCCUGCAUGUGCAAAGUGGUGAUCUGCUGCCGGGUGACUCCCCUGCAGAAGGCCCAGGUGGUGGAGCUGGUGAAGAAGUACAAGAAGGCUGUGACUCUGGCAAUCGGAGAUGGUGCCAACGAUGUCAGCAUGAUCAAAACUGCCCACAUCGGGGUCGGCAUCAGUGGCCAGGAGGGGAUGCAGGCGGUCCUGUCCAGUGACUUCUCCUUCGCACAGUUCCGCUACCUGCAGCGCCUGCUCCUGGUCCACGGACGGUGGUCCUACAUCCGCAUGUGCAAGUUCCUCAAGUACUUCUUCUAUAAGAAUUUUGCCUUCACCUUGGUGCAUUUCUGGUAUGGCUUCUUCUCUGGCUUCUCAGCGCAGACUGUCUAUGAUGAGUGGUUCAUUACACUUUACAACUUGGUAUACACCUCUCUCCCAGUGCUAGGAAUGAGUCUCUUUGAUCAGGAUGUGGAUGAUCACUGGAGCAUGCUGUUCCCUCAGCUAUAUGUGCCUGGCCAGCAAAACCUCUACUUUAACAAGGUGGUGUUUGUCAAAUGCAUGUUGCAAGGGAUCUACAGUUCCCUCAUCCUCUUCUUCAUCCCCUAUGGGGCCAUGUACAAUACAAUGCGGAGUGAUGGGAAGGCCGUUGCUGACUACCAGUCCUUUGCUCUGAUGGCCCAGACCUGCUUACUGAUCGUGGUGUCUGUACAGAUUGGCUUGGACACCUCUUACUGGACAGUUGUCAAUCAGUUCUUCAUCUGGGGCAGCCUUUCUGUUUAUUUUGCUAUCACCUUCACCAUGUACAGUGACGGCAUGUACCUGAUUUUCACAGCCUCCUUUCCCUUCAUUGGUACGGCUCGUAAUACCCUCAGCCAACCAAACGUGUGGCUGGCUAUCUUCCUCAGCAUCACCCUCUGUGUGCUGCCAGUGGUUGGCUUUCGAUUCCUGAAGGCUCAAUUAAAGCCAACUCCCAGCGACAAGGUCCUGCUGAAGAUCAAGGAAGCCAAAAAGCAGCCCCCUCCACCCUCACCCAAGCGACGCCUGCGCCGGACCAGCACUCGCCGCUCUGGUUAUGCCUUCUCUCACCAGCACGGCUUUGGAGCACUCAUCAUGUCUGGGAGAAACAUGCGGCCAAAAUCACCUUUUGCCACAAUGGGAACAUUUUCACCAAACAGUGAUAAAUAUAAACACAAAGGAUUGUAACAAAAGAAGAAAAAAAAAAGGAGAUAAGAAAAAAAGGAAAAUACUUCCCCCCCUGCCCCGUCCCCCUUAAAAAUUAACAAAACAAACCAAAGUAAAGGGCUGUCAGGAGAGGAGGCUGUGCUGCCUGCAAGGCACCGAGCCAGUGGCUGCCCAGAGCUCUGCCCUCCAGGCUGCCAAAUCAAGGACUUGGGGCUUUCCUUUCACCCACACGCACUCUCUGAUUCUAGUUUAUUUUCCAAAGAUGUGUGCUGCUGCUGGGGAAGGUGGGCUGGGUGAGUUGGAGCGUGGAGUUGCACGGUAUCCCAGAGGGCCUCCCUGGCACCAGAGAGAACGUGCUGUGGGAGGCAUCUCUGCUCCCUGAGAUUGUUCAUAACGCUAAUUUUUUUUUUUUUUCUCCCUCUAACUACAUACCUCAGAGCAAAGAGAAUUUCAGUCUGAGGAAAAGGUUGAAUUGGCGAUGUCUUUCUCAGUUACGUGCCUUCAUUUUUCUUCAUGAAUCCACUCUGGGCCGUAUUACUGGGGUGACAAUAUUGACCCCAGGUGUGCCUUAGGUCCAGCCACACAACCCUCAAAUCCACAACCUUUGUAAAGUGUGAUUUUGUAGCCUUUUGACUGUGAUCCACUUUCUCAAGAGAUGGCCAGUACCCAAACACCACCCUCUUCCCACAUCUGCCAUCAGAAGUGCUGCAAGCUCAGGAAACCCUUAGUAGGUCAAGGGACCAGGAGCUGACAGUCAUCAACCUGCUCUGAUUUCUCUGGGUUGCAAAUCUGCUCUUGUAAAGGAUUAUUGUUCUCAGAACCCUCUCAAGUUUUGUAACUGGGCACCAGCCAUUUCAUUUAGACUUAAAAUAAAAGAUCAGAAGGCGCUCAGGCUUCCUUAUGGCUCAAAUCAUGAAAUCUGGCCCCUGAGAAGUCCAUGCCAUGGUUAGGGCCCACCUGAACUGCCAGCACAAGGCAUCUGCCCCCCUUAACAGAAUGAGGUGUAUGCACAUGUGGCUUGAUGGUGAUCACACCAGAAUUACUGAAGCCAGAAAAGCUAUUUCAUGGCCAGCAGCUGAAAUAACCUUUACUCUACUGCUGCUGGGGUUCAGUGUAAGGGAUGAAGCGUGACCUGGUGGCUUCCUCACCCUCCCCGAUGAGCAGAGUGGCCACGAUUCAGAGGAACUUAAUGAGGCCUCAGGAGUCUCUGCAGUGCUUCAUGGCUGCAGUGUUUCUCUGUGCUGGCUCAAAUUUUACUUGGGAACAGGUUAUCUAUCAAACACGGGUGGUAGAGAGAUGAAAAUCCUACCAGUCUGACUGCCAGCAGAGGGACCUAAAAUGAACAGAUGCAGCUGAAGACAUGGUGAUCUUGAGGGACUGGGAUUUGCUCACUGUUUUCUCACACCAAAUCCAUAAUCAGCAGGGCUGGAAGGCCAGCAUGGCAGCAUGAAAGUCUGUCCUGCCAGUACUGCUGAGCUGUCUAAAUGCAGCUUUUUUUUGUGCAGAGGACUAAGCCUCUGACUGUUGUUAGGGGUGAUUUUUUGUUUGUUUUUGUUUUUUGUUGAGGUUGGGGUUUUUUUCAGUUCCAUCAUACAAAUUUAGACUCCUUCCUUCAUUUGACUUGGAUUUUUUUUGUGCAGUAACCAGUUGAUAUUUUUGAGACUCUGCUGUGAGUCUCUGACCUGUUAGAAGGCAGUGUAUGAUGGCAAGAAGCCAGCCAUGUCCCCAUUUCAUGGAACACCCUGCUGUCUGUGGUCCCAGUUUCAGCAGUUACUGCAUGAGAUUGUUUAAGCUUUAAUAGAAGGUUUCAUCUCCUGUGUUUUAACUCCGCACAGGAAAGAAAAAAAAACAAAAAAAAAAACCAAAACAAAAAAAAAAACUAGUCUGUUGCACCUGCUGCUUGGGAGGCUUGUUGUAAACUGUGGUAUUAAAUUUCAGCAUGGCCAGUGCAAAACUGGAGCUGGGACUGGAUCCAGACUUCAGUGUCUAGGAGCUGCUUGCUAGGGAAAGAGUAAAUCACCAGAUAAUGGUGAGCUCCCCUGGAAGGAGACACCUAAGUGAGAGCCUGCAUUCUGGCUGAGGAAACCACUGUGGUAGUUACUGCUUGUCACCUCCCCCUGAUUUACCAUUCACUUUGCAGAGACAAUCUUGGCUUUCAGACAAGUCAAACUCCCUGGAGUUAGGGGAAAAAGGAGAAUUUCUGCAGAUAAGCAGACAACCCCAUGAUACCUAGAGUGGUCUGCGGACUGAAAGUCCUAUCAAAGCUGUUCCUGGCAUCUCAUGCAGCAGAAUAUAUUGCAGAGCAGCAGAGGCAGACCUUGUGCUGACAGAGCAAGGAAAAUCUGACACUGUGCCUCUCUUCUCAUAUGGUUUACAUGCAAAGUACUCACCUCCUGGCUAAAAGGGGAUUUGAAAAUGUUGGCUACAACAUGUAGGGGAUAAUAAAGCUGUUGGUGAGCUUGCACCAGAUACAAUUCUUUCACUGGUUUGACACAAUCAGCAUUUGAAACACAUCAGCUGGCAGUGAUGUCUGUCCUACAUCACUCCUGAAUUUGUAAAAUAUAUAUUUUUUUUUUUAAAUAAAAAGAGAAUAUUGGGAUGAUA